UUCGGCCGGCCGCUCCGUGCUGAUGUGUCCGGGAGGCGGGGUUUAAGGGAUCGGCCCCUCGCGACGGUCCUAGCUCCGACAGUGCGGCUGUGGUUGACUUACCUCCUCAGAGCCAUGGCGACGUCUGCCAAGUCCGCGCGGGCCCCGCCCGGCUCAGAUAAAGUAGAGAAAGACAAGGCUGGACAGACUUCAGAGCCCAGUCAGCCCAGCCGCAUGGGGAAACUGUUUGGUUUUGAGUGGACAGAUGUGUCCAGCUGGGGGAGGCUGGUGACCCUGCUGAAUCGACCAACAGAUCCUGCAAGCCUGGCCGUCUUCCGUUUUCUCUUUGGGCUGCUGAUGGUGCUGGACAUUCCCCAGGAGCGGGGGCUCAGCUCCUUGGACCGAAGAUACCUGGAUGGGCUAGACGUGUGCCGCUUCCCCUUGCUGGAUGCCCUGCAGCCCCUGCCACUUGACUGGAUGUAUCUUGUCUAUACCAUCAUGUUUCUGGGGGCACUGGGUAUGAUGCUGGGCCUGUGCUACCGGAUAAGCUGUGUGUUAUUCCUACUGCCAUACUGGUAUGUGUUUCUCCUGGACAAGACAUCAUGGAACAACCACUCCUAUCUGUAUGGUUUGUUGGCCUUUCAGCUGACGUUCAUGGAUGCAAACCGCUACUGGUCAGUGGAUGGCCUGCUGAAUGCUCAGAAGCGGAAUGCCCAUGUGCCCCUUUGGAACUAUGCUGUGCUGCGUGGCCAGAUCUUUAUUGUGUACUUCAUUGCGGGUGUGAAAAAGCUGGAUGCAGACUGGGUGGAAGGCUAUUCCAUGGAUAACCUGUCCCGGCACUGGCUCUUCAGUCCCUUCAAGCUAGUACUGUCUGAGGAGAUGACUAGUCUACUGGUAGUGCACUGGUGUGGACUGCUGCUUGACCUGUCAGCUGGUUUCCUGCUCUUCUUCGAUGCCUCAAGACCCGUCGGCCUCUUCUUUGUAUCCUACUUUCACUGCAUGAAUUCCCAGCUUUUCAGCAUUGGUAUGUUCCCAUAUGUCAUGCUGGCCAGCAGCCCUCUCUUCUGCUGCCCUGAGUGGCCUCGGAAGCUGGUAUCUCACUGUCCCAAAAGGCUGCAAGAACUGUUGCCCCUUAAGACUACCCCUCAGCCCAGUGCUUCCUGCAUGUAUAAGAGGAGCAGGGCCAAAGGUGGCCAGAAGCCAGGGCUGCGCCAUCGGCUAGGUGCUGCCUUCACCCUUCUCUACCUUCUGGAGCAGCUCUUCCUGCCCUAUUCCCAUUUCCUCACCCAGGGAUAUAACAGUUGGACGAAUGGGCUAUAUGGCUAUUCCUGGGACAUGAUGAUGCACUCCCGCUCCCACCAGCAUGUGAAGAUCACCUACCGUGAUGGCCGCACUGGCGAGCUGGGCUACCUGAACCCUGGGGUAUUCACACAGAGCCGGCGAUGGAAGGAUCAUGCAGACAUGCUGAAGCAAUAUGCCAUUUGCCUGAGCCGCCUGCUUCCCAAGUACAAUGUCACUGAGCCCCAGAUCUACUUUGAUAUUUGGGUCUCCAUGAAUGACCGCUUCCAGCAGAGGAUUUUUGACCCUCGUGUGGACAUUGUGCAGGCUGCCUGGUCCCCCUUCCAGCGUACACCUUGGCUGAAGCCACUGUUGAUGGACCUGUCUCCCUGGAGGACCAAGUUACAGGAAAUCAAGAGCAGCCUGGACAACCACACUGAGGUGGUCUUCAUUGCAGAUUUCCCUGGGCUGUACCUGGAGAAUUUUGUGAGUGAAGACCUGGGCAACACGAGUAUCCAGCUACUGCAAGGGGAGGUGACUGUGGAGUUGGUGGCCGAACAGAAGAACUGGACUCUUCAGGAGGGAGAAAAAAUGCAGUUGCCUGCUGGUGAGUACCAUAAGGUGUACACGAUAUCGCCCAGUCCUUCCUGCUACAUGUACAUCUAUGUCAACACUACAGAGCUUGCACUGGAGCAAGACCUGGCAUAUCUGCAAGAAUUAAAAGAGAAAGUGGAGAAUGGAAGUGAGAUGGGGCCUCUACCACCAGAGCUGCAACCUCUGCUGGAAGGGGAAGUAAAAGGGGGCCCUGAGCCAACACCUCUGGUUCAGACCUUUCUUAAACGCCAGCAAAGGCUGCAGGAGAUUGAACGCCGGCGAAACACCCCUUUCCAUGAGCGAUUCUUCCACUUCUUGGUGCGAAAGCUCUAUAUCUUUCGUCGCAGCUUUCUGAUGACUUGUAUAUCACUUCGAAAUCUGGCAUUAGGCCGCCCUUCGCUGGAGCAGCUGGCCCAAGAGGUGACUUAUGCAAACUUGCGACCCUUUGAGCCAGUUAGAGAGUCCAGUCCUUCAAACACAGAUUCUUCAGAGCCUAAUCCUCCUGAACCAAAUUCCAACCCUGUCCACUCAGAGUUCUGAGGAGGCCAGACUGUUGGGUACAGAUGUGGGAGCAGCCAAGUCAAAGGAUCAUCAUCUAUGCAGCGGAAAUUUGAAAAAAUUGUUUUUCUUCCUUGUCCAUAGCUUUUGAAUUCAGAGGUGACCACUUAGAGGAGCCAAGGAAGUAAAGUAAGAAUAAGAUUUAUCAAUCCAAGGUUGAGGGGCUAAGAGGGUUUAAAAGCAAUGUGAAAAAUGUCCUAGGAUAAAGGAGGAAGAGUCAUAUUUAAAGCGACUGGCUCCUUGGGAAAAGAUUUAAUGUACCAUGAGUGCUUGCUAUAUGCAAGGCACUGGGUGAAGCACUGUGCCUACAUUACUUAGUCUUUAAUGGUCAUUAAUCUUAUGUAUUUACAGUUAGAGAAACUAAGGCUGAGAGGUAAUUUGCUCAGACAGAAACAUAAGGAAUGAAUUGAUGGUUUAAACCUAAAGCCUGACUUAAGCCAAAUCACUGACAAUAAUUCUGAAAUAACGUACCUUAAAACUUGUCUUAAUCAUGACUGGGAUGGUGACCAGGUUCUAAAUGUACAGAGAAAUUUUCUCUUCACUGUAAUUGUUCCUUGUUUCUAUUCAUACAGCAAAAUUUUCACUAGCAGUUAUAGAACAGCACAAAGUUAAAUAGGAAAUUUAGAUGGGUAGUAUUUUAAAAAUAAGCUUAGUAUUUAGCAUUAUUCUAGCCUUUAGUGAGGUGAUGUAAGAAUUAACUGAACUUGGUGAGGGAUUAGGGAAUGUUUACAGUCACUCUGUUUUGAUAAAGUUGACCAAGGAACCUCAAUUCCGUGAAAAUUCAAUGGCCUGGCACUGGGCACGAAGUGAGAAUGCAGAGUAAAAGAAAAGUGCUCCAUCAGCCUAUAAGCACCCACCUUCCCAUCCUUAAUCACCUUAUUUGGCAAACAUGGUUAUACUUGUCUUUAAGCAGCAACACAUUAACAUCUAAAUGUUUUGAAACGUUCUGGAGCUUUUCAGUGUCAUGGAAUGUUGAAUUUCAAGGAUCUGAGCAAAUUAUUAGAGCUCCAUUAAAACUGCCAAGUAAGAUUUAACCCUGCCUACCCCAGUGUAUUUCCAAAUUUGUAAGCUUCCAGGCAAAGAUAUGCAGGUUUUAAAGGCUGAAUCACCACUUGAUUUCAUAUAUGCUGGUGUAAACAUGUCCCAGCUGGUUUGUCUAUAUAGUUCCUAUGGCUACAAAAGGAUAAAGACUUUGUACAAGCUGCCUUUGGAAA